UGGAAAAACCAGAUAUAUCUUAUGAUCUCUUACAUGGAUAUGAAGAAGGAGUGCCAUUUGCGGUAGAAGAAAGAUCUGGAGUGAUAACUGUUAUACACGAACUAUCAAAGUUCAAUCGUCUAAUGUACGACUUUGAGGCGGUCGCUAUACAGGAAGGAAUCAAUUUGAGCAUAGCCACUAACGCGACUAUACAUGUUGUGGAUGCGGAUGACGAGAGAGGUUUCCUAUUGAAAGGUACCCAAUCACCGAUCACAUUCCAUGUUAAAGAAAAUCUAUCAGGAGCUAUGAUUGGACAAAUUUUCAACAUGAAUAGUAGCAGUACUACAAUAAAUAAAACUGCAAAUAUAAGAUAUAUCAUAGCCAAUCAACAAGAUGUCACAGAUGAUAUUGCUAUUGGUCAAGAUGGCACUAUCUAUGCGCAAAAACCGCUUGAUCGAGAAAAACGUGACUCUUACAGAAUGACAGUUAUCGCCGAAUUUAACAAAGGAAUCGUAUCAGGAGCAGGAAUUUAUCAAGUGAAUAUAUUGGUUGAUGACGAAAACGACAAUCCUCCAGUAUUCGACAACCCCAUUUAUGAAGGUGUUAUCACUGAGAAUGCUAAAAAGGGCACGGAAGUGAAAAUGACAAACAAAAUUAGAGCAACUGAUGCUGACUUUGGUCAAAAUGCAAUUUUCUCGUAUACAUUGUUUGGAGAUGGCCACGAUUUAUUUUCUGUAAAUGAAUUGAGUGGGGUUGUUACUUAUGUUGGUAACAAACUUGAUCGAGAAGAAAGAGGUUCAUAUUUAUUGAAAGUUGUCGCCAGAGAUAAGGGAAGUCUUAAAUCUGAAGCAAAGUUGACUAUAACAGUACUUGAUGAAAACGAUAAUGAACCGAAGUACAACCAAAUAAUUAUUCCAUUAGGAGAAAGUGUAGAUUUAUUAGAGGUCCACGGCAGAACAGAUGUGAAAAUAUUUAAAGAAAAGAAAAAUGACGUGAAUAGUGGCGUUGCAAAAAUAGAAGUUAAACCAAAGAACAAGUUUUCAACAGCUGUUGACGCAACAGGGCCAUUAUUUUUAGUUCCCGAAAAUAUAGCGAUUGGAUCAACAAUAUUGAAAUUAAACGCUAUAGAUAUGGAUAGUGGAACGAAUGGUCAAAUUCGCUAUGAAUUUAUGUCUGAAGUUUUCAUACCACCAACCGCAUUGUCUGGAAAUGCUUUGCAAGUACGAAGAUAUUUUGUUAUCAAUGAGCGCCAUGGACAUAUUAUUGUGGCUAGGGCAUUACCUCCAGAAGCUGAAUUUAGGUUAAAUGUAUCCGCAAUAGACGGCGGAGGACUUAGUGAUCAUAUUACAAUACGAAUAUUUGUCAAAGAUAUUAAUGACCAUUUCCCAAUGUUUAAAAAGUCGUGGUAUUCUUUUAAUGUUGAUGAAGCCCAAUAUAGUAGACGAGUUCUUGGAAAAGUUGACGCUACAGAUGCUGAUUUUGGACAAAAUGCGAAUUUAACCUACUUCUUACAACCAGACAGUAAAGAUUUGCCAUUUGAAAUUUCUCCAUUAAAUGGAGUUUUAAGUAUAAAUGGUGAACUAGAUAGAGAAAAGGAAGAUAAGUACAUUCUCACUGUAGUAGCCAGAGACAACGGCUAUGAAAAAAAGCUAACUUCAUCCGUAAGUGUAGAAAUAGAAGUUUUAGAUGUGAAUGACAAUUCGCCUAAGUUUUACGCCUACGACGAGUUAUUAGAAUGGAAACACCCAGAAGCAGAUAAUAUUUCUAAUCACAAUUUUGAAUCAGUCAUGAUGAUUCCUGUCUAUAAAACUACCUUAGAAGAAAAUACUCCAAUUGGAAGUGUAGUCACACGAGUCUAUGCCAAUGAUUCCGACUUAAUAAGCAAUGGAAAUGGAUUAAUACUUUAUAGCUUACCGCAAAGAAAAAAUCAAAUGAAUAUUUUUUCAAUAGAUUCAAAAGAAGGAAUAAUUACCACUACGGGAAGGUUAGACUAUGAAUCUCAAUCCGUACAUAACGUGACUGUUGUCGCAUCAGAUUUAGGUUCACCGAGCUUAAGUUCCACCGCCAUAGUUAUGUUGACAGUAAAAGACGUACCAGACGAGAUUGAAAUCUCAGAUAAACCAGUUUUCAUAUCAAGGUAUUAUGAACUGGAGAUCGAAGAAAAUGUUCACACUCCCGUGGAACUUGUCACUCUGAAUUUGACGGAACAUUACGAAAAUUUCAAAAUGAGGUAUUUCAUAUUAAAUGAAAAUGAUACAGAUAUCAAAAGAACUUUUGUAAUAGAUCCACGCAAUGGAACAUUAUAUCUAGUCCGAAGUCCAGAUAGAGAAGUCAAAGAUGUCUACGAAGUUUUGGUUAGAGCGGAAAGACAAAAGAUAAGCCGGGAGCUGCCGCACAUGAUUUAUCCGGUGUCAGAUGACGUGCUGGAGGGAAUGACGAAAUAUGAUGUAAAAAUUGUAGUGAGAAUAAAAGACGUCAAUGAUAAUGCACCGAAGUUCGUUAAUGGAGGUCGACCGAUGGUUACAGCUAUACCAACUACUGCUCCUUUUGGAUACGAAGUGAUUCAAUUGCAGGCUAUCGACGCUGACAUAGGACUGAACGCGGAUAUUCGCUACCAGGUGAUUAAUUCUGCGGGCGGGCGCUUCGCGGUGUCCCCCCGCAGCGGCGCGGUGCGGACCGCGGGUAGCUUUGCACAUGACGCCGGCAAGGUUUUCGGCUUUGAUGUGAAGGCUACCGACCGCGGCGGCGCUGAUGACGGACGAUCUGCUAUCGCUAAUGUCUUCGUAUACGUACUGGAUGAAAGUAAGCAGCUGAUCCUUGUGGUUAGCGCGAAACCGACUGAAGUUGAGAAAGGAAUGGAAAAUAUAACGAGAUCCCUCUCUAAUAUGACGGGCUAUGACAUCCGAGUGCGAAGGCUAGAGCCUAGCUUCAAGGGCUCCAUGGAUGGACACGCAACCGAUCUAUAUAUUUAUGGUGUUGAUCCUUUGUCAAACGCCAUCAUCGAUAUGGAUGUUUUACAAAAAUUGAUAAUGAAACGUGAGGUGUCUGAGCGUCGCGAGAUCGGUGGCUUCAAGCUGCUGAGUGUGGGUGAUACGAGUACAGUGCAGGCGCGCAGCGGAAAGCUGCUCAGCACCAUGGAGAUCGGCGUGGUUGCACUGGGCUGCCUAGUCUUCAUCGGCGCCUGCACCACCGCCGUCUGCAUACUCUGUGUCAGAACUAACAAGAGAAAACGCCACAAAUCAUAUUCCCAACAACGCCUUAAUGCUUUCUCCACUGAGCACCUUACAAAAUUCAGCGGCCUCUUUCCAUCCGGAGGCAACCAGUGCCAGGAGAUUAACCAGUCGUAUAGCGAGGCCGACUCCUACAUCGACGUGCUCAACCAUAGCACGUUGAAGAACACGUGUCCUCAUGGUAACACGGUCGAGGAGUUCGGCAAGGCGCACCAGAAGUGCGUUAAAAACCAGUUCAGUGAAAACUCCGAUGUAUUCGGUCAGAAGCACGAGAGAAUGUGCAUUAAGUACAACCAACGACCAUUGCAGAAGAGGAAAGGGCAGGACACUUCGAUAACGUCAGUGAAUUCCAGUGGACAGGACUCGGGGAUAGCAGAGGCCGGCCGCUGCCCCUGCGGUCACUCCACCACGCACACCUCAGAGGAAAGCAGCGGUUGCAGUUACGAGGAUUCUUUGAAAUCGAACCACAACCUGGAUCCGCAUCCAAAACUGUAUCGAACUGAACCGGAAACCCGUUUUCUUCGACGAGCUUCCUUCGGUCACCAACCACUAGACGUGCGAAGAUUUAACGCUCGAAGACAAUCAUUUUCUGAAAAUAUUCAAAGGCAUUUCCCACCAUUGGAGAAAAUGGGGACUGGGGGAAGACUGACACGACAAAUAUCUACUCCAAAUGUCAACGUGUCACAGACGUAUUUUAUGGGUGGUAAGAAGAAUUUGCGAAGGAUAGAAGCAGUUAAAGAGCCAGUAGUUGAUUACGAUCAAAGUGAAGCGGAAGAUCUCUUUGACACAAGACUGGAUAGAAGAUUAAGUGGACAGAAUCGCAAGAGAGCAAGCUUUAUGGAGUUGAAUGGUCAAACUGCGGUGUUUGUCGCGACUCCAGCCGCAGCUGAAAUCAUGAGGCGACAGGGAAGUGAGCGACUGAUGUUCGCGAGACCUUUAUAGCAGUUAGAGUUUAAAGGAAAUGUACAGAAGAGGCUUUAAUUUAUAUUAAUUUGUUAGAACAGAACGAUAAGUUGAUGAGAGAAAAAGUUAUAUGAGGGCAUUUAAAAUCAAGAAAUUCGUUUUAUUGAAGUUUUUUAAAUAUACAUGCCACUCUAAUUAGUACCUAAUGUAAAAGUCUAAUGAUUUUGUCUUAGAUUGAGUAGGUACUGCUACUUUUUAUCGAAAAACGAUUUAACAAACAACAAAAAGUGACACAUUGAUUGGAUCUCAGUUCCAAUAUUUUUUUGAUGUUUAAUAUUUUUGUUUGUACUUUUUUAUUUCGAUUAAAAUUUUAAAUUAAUAAUGAAAUGUUACCACGAUGUAUAAGUUAAGUUCUAAGAUUUUAUAAGACAUAUGUAAAUUGUAAAUGUGUAAGUAUUGUCUUUGGAAUAAAAUGAAUCCAAAGAGAAACAUUUUGUAUGUACUCGUAGUGCUUAUAUAAGUAAGUGCCAUUUGGUAUAGAUCUUCUUACAGGAAGAUAUUUUAACUUUAACCACCUUUAUAGGUUUAAUUUGUAUAAAUUUGUCUUAAUAUUUAUGUAUAAAAAGUGUAAUUGUAAUUCGUUGUAAAUAAUAUAUGAAUUUUCUUAAAAUA